AUGCAGGAGGCGUCCGCCAGCGCGGGCUUACCAAUCCAGAGACCUUUUAACCCUUGCAACGCUUGCAAAGCAAGGCACCAGAAAUGCGAUAACCGCCGACCGUCGUGUUCUAGCUGUCGCAGGGGUGGCAUUGAGUGCGUGCGGGGCCAUAGCGUGCGCUUCCGGCACACGCUGAACCCGAGCGUUCGACCGAGAAGGGCGUCAGAAUCCGCUAGGCGAGACUAUACCUUUGCGCGCAACCAGCCGUGGGUGGAGGUUAGCCGAAGCUUGAGUUUUGUCGACGAGACGCAGGUGAUUGUUAACAACAUCAACGAUUCCGGGGCCGGCAGCUUUGCUACUGCAGGUGAUGGCGAGGACAACGCCACAGUCAGUAUUAGCGCCUAUCCAAGGAGGCAGCUGCCGUCCCCACGUUCAUGCACCGCUGUCGACACGUCCCCCUCUCCAUCUGCACCUUCUCAGACAUCACAGCUUGCUUCAUCAGGCCCGGACAACGCUCCCACGACUGAAGACAGGAGUGUGGUGGUGGGACAGCUAGGCGAUGCGAUAGCCUUGAGCCCGGACUCGACUUCCGGGGCCGCUCUGUCCUCUCCCGGGACUGAUGUAUCGUCCUUGCCGGAGCAACCGCUCAAUCUGAUUUUCAGCCCAGGAAGUGUCGAUACGGCAAACACUUUUGGGUUAGGGCUAGACCAAGCUCUGCAAGGCCAGGAUGUGCUUUUCGGCCUCCCAUGCGAAGAUAGCUUUAUCCAACUGCAUAGCGACGGGUUAGCAACAAGCCCUCGCCAUGCUGCGGACCGACCGGGAUCAUCAAUCUACCUCGACACGCCGCAGUGGCCACUCCAGGACUACCAACAGGCGUUUCUACUCCGGUACUACGUCGAAAACGUGGCGCCACUCCUCGAUCUAUGCGACCAAGACCGGCGACACUUUGCCACGGUUGUGCCGCAGCGCGCAGCCACCUGCCCGCUGCUCCUCCACGCCAUGCUAGCAGCCUCGGCUAAGCGCCUGAGCAGGAUCGGCGACUUCGACGGCCUCGUCGUGGACCGGUACCACCAAGACUGCCUCCGGCUCCUGAUUCCCGCGCUCUCCAGCUCGGCGGCUGUCGUGGACGAGAACCUGCUCACGGCGAUCGUUCUCCUUCGCUACACCGAGGAGCUGGACGUGCCCGUCGCCCCGCCCGGCCCCGAGUUCCACCUCAUGGGCACGCGCGUGUUCCUGGCGGCCCAGGAGAAGACGCUGAGCGACUUCAGCGGGCUGCGCCUGGCCGCGUUCUGGGUCGCCCUCCGGCAGGAGAUCUACAUGGCGUUCGUGCACUCGCGCCCCGUGCAUGCCAACUUUGUGCUCAGGGACAUUGGAAAGCUCAUCCAGCCCGACGACAAUGGCUCCGGCUUCGCGAACGGUAUCAUCAUCCACUGUGCCAACUGCCUGCGGUAUUGCUACGGCUCCGAGGAAUGGAGCGUCGGUGCCUGGAAGGAGCUGCGGGAGUACCAGGAUCGAUGGUGGAGAGAAAAGCCUUGGUACUUCCAGCCCACAUGGGCCAGCGAACCAGAAUCGAAUGGUAUUUUCCCGACUGAGAUCUAUCUCAGCGAUGCUGUGGUGACUGGUCUCCAGCAUUAUCAUCUCGCUCGGAUCCUCCUCAUAGCCCACAACCCAGAGAUACCUAAACUCGGGCCCGGGCAAGUCUCGGCGUUCAGAACGAUGAACGACGAAAUCAAGAAGACGGUCCGCGUCAUCUGUGGGAUCGCUGAGUCUAACCCUCGCACCGCUCCGGCUUACGUGGCGGCAUCCGGCAGCAAUGCAUGCAUAGCCAUAACCAUGGCAGGCGAUCGCUUCACAGAACGACAUGAGCAAGAAGCCUUGUGCGGGAUUCUCGAGAAGACGGACAAACAGAUGGGCUGGCCCACUCGCUCUGCGCAGGUAGGAUUGCGGGAGGCUUGGGGUUGGGAAGAAAGCCAUUCCGGCAUGUCUAUCGCGGACAUGCUGAACACCAGAUCGCAGGCGUCGACGUCGUCGCAAGUAGAGCGUUGAAAAAGUGGAACAAGAAAGUAACCC